AACACCACUGGAAAGAUGGCGUUUGCUCUUCGCGUGUUCUUCCUCCUUUGUGGGAUCAGUGGACUGAUGACCGGAGCUUGGGCUACCUUUCACCAGGACGACAAAGAUGGUUGCUGUCCUAAGGGCUGGACUCAGUUAGAUAAACGUUGUUUCAUCUACCAGGAGGAAGAAAGGAGCUUCUUAGAUGCAGAGAGCAUCUGCAAAUUCCUUGGUGGGAAUCUGGCCUCCAUCCGCAGCGCUCUGGAAUAUGCGACCGUUUUGGCAGUGAUUAAGGAAACGGAUGAUCCCAUUUCUGACACCUGGAUUGGACUCCAUGAGGCAGUAGAGGAGGGUAACUUUAUCUGGACUGACGGCUCAGACUUUGACUUCAGUGCCUUUAACAGUGACGAUGACUCUGGAGAUUGUGUUGAGAUUGAAAACAGUGAUGAACUCUGGGAUAAUGAAAGCUGUAGUACUGACAACCCCUACGUUUGUGCCAGAGACGCUGACUGCCACCACUGAUCAGCCCUCCAACUGUCACAUCUGCCUUGACGAUGCCUUUUCCACCAUCUUGAUGAGCUUUGUGUAUUCAUUAGUAUAUUACACAGUCUGAUCGCUUUCUAAUUGAUUGCUGACAAACACACAAGUUGAUGGUGUGUUGUGUCACAUUUCUGAAUGUAGUCACACAAUCAGGGAUGUUAUCUAAUCUUAUUCUUUUCAAUCUGAGGGUCAACAGAAGUAUUUCGCCCACAGAGGCAGGGUAAAGGUGCAUAA